CAACAACAACAACAAUGGCAUCAUCUUCAUCAUCAUUAAUCAAUUCUCCUGAUAAUGAUAAUAAUUUCAAUGUUGUUGCAAUACAAGCUGCUGCUGAACAAUUUUAUUCAAAUUUUAAUUCAUGGAUUCAUCAUCAUAAUCAUCAUAAUCUUCGAAUGACAAUACCAACAACGAUUCCGGUGAUGGUAAAUCCUAUUAAUGAUGAUGAUCAUCAUCAUAAUGAUCAAACAUCAACCACUGUUAAUCUUUUUCAUAAUCGUCAACAAAAUCUUUUGGAUAUGUAUCAUCAAUAUAUGUUAUCAUCGUAUAAUAAUCAAACAACAAUAACAAAAAUUAUUACUAAUAAUGAUCCUCGGUCAAUGAGAAAUUUUAAUUUGUUAAGAAAAUUUCAUAUUAUCAAUGAAAAUCAUUCUAUUCGACAACAACAGCAGCCACCACAAUCAGUCGAAAAUGUUACCACAACAACAACAACAACAAUGUCACCAUCAUCAUCAUCGUCAUCAUCAAAAGAACAAACCAUUGAUUUUAAUCAUCAUCAAAAUCAUGAAUCAAUCAUUCGACAUUGUGGUGGUAAAAUACGAUCAUUAGAAUCAUCAAAUAUUAAUAAUUGUAAUCAAAUGAAUAAAAAAUCCAAAAAGAAACGAUCGAGAGCAGCAUUUUCACAUGCACAGGUUUAUGAAUUGGAAAAACGUUUUAAUCAUCAGAAAUAUUUAAGUGGACCGGAACGUUCUGAAUUGGCACGAACAUUGAAAUUGACCGAAACACAGGUGAAAAUAUGGUAA